UUGCUCUGUAUUUCCGCCUUGCAUGCACCGCAGCAGCAGCAGCGGCUCUGUGUCUGCCUGCCACAGAGAAACCGCGUCCCCGUGCGGGAUUCAUCACGCACCAGCAUCGCCCUGCAGCCAGCCAUGCUCACGCGGGUGAAGACAGCCGUGGCCAGCCUAAUGGGAGGCGUGAUGGCCGCAGGAUCAAGCGGAGACCAUCCCAGCGGCCCGGAUCUGCCGCUCAGAUUCCCGUACAGCAGACCGGAGUUCCUGGGACUGUCUGCGGAUGAGGUGGAGUGUUCGGCGGAUCAUGUCGCCCGGCCGAUCCUGAUCCUGAAGGAGAGCAAGCGGCUGCCCUGGUCCACCGGCUAUGCUGAGGUGAUUAAUGCUGGAAAGAGCACCUUAAACGAGGACCAGGCCUGCUGUGAGGUGCUGAAGCUCAAGAUGAGACCCCUGGAGAGUUCUACGCCAAACCGAACGCCAACCGCCCGUAGGAGGUCUUCCCUACCCAAUGGAGAGGGAAUCAGCCCACGGGAAAGUGAUGGUUCAGAGGACCUAACCUUUCACUACUGGGCGUUAUUUGACGGUCACGCCGGCUCUGGAGCUGCUGUCAUGGCGUCCCGUCUUCUCCAUCAUCACAUUGCCCUGCACCUCCAGGAGGUGAUGGAGAUUCUGUGUGCACCCAACCUGCUGCCACCCACAUGCCUAGAUGAUGAACCUGUCAAUCACCUCCUCUCCGCAACAUCCCACCGUGCCCUCUCAAGGGCCACAUCACUACGCGGUGCUGCAGGGGCACCUGGUUCCCCCAGCACCCAACCAACGCGCUUCUUCACUGAAAAAAAAGUUUCACAAGAGAGCCUGGUUAUUGGAGCUAUAGAAAACGCCUUCAAAGAUAUGGAUAUGCAGAUCGAGAAAGAGAAGGCAUCGUUCAACAUCUCGGGCGGAUGCACCGCUCUAAUGGUCGCCUGUUUGCAAGGGAAGCUGUACGUUGGGAACGCAGGGGACAGCAGAGCAAUCAUUGUACGAGCUGGGGAAGUCAUCCCUAUGUCAGCAGAGUUCACACCGGAGUCAGAAAGACAGCGCCUGCAGUUUCUGGCCUACAUGCAGCCGCACUUGUUGGGAAACGAGUUCACACAUCUGGAGUUCCCGAGGAGAGUGCAGAGGAAGGAGGUGGGGAAGAGGAUGCUGUACCGUGACUUCACCAUGUCAGGAUGGUGGGUCAAGGUUUACCCCUUAUCGCAGUACGAGCAUGGAGCGGAUGACGUCCUGAUUCUGGGAACCGACGGUCUGUGGGACGUCCUUUCUAACCAGGAAGUGGCUGAAGCGGUCACCACUUUCCUGGCAAACUGCGACCCAGACGACCAGCACAGGUACACAAUGGCAGCUCAAGACCUGGUCAUGAGAGCACGCGGGGAGCUGAAGGACCGCGGCUGGAGGAUAUCCAAUGACAGAUUAGGCUCUGGGGACGACAUCUCUGUCUACAUCAUCCCCCUCAUGUAUGGAAACAAGCAGAACUAG